CAUCAUGAGGUGAUUGUGCACUAGAUUUAUGACUUCUUACGACAUAGCUACUGUAACGUUGCUCCGAAACUUACUCCUUCCGGCCGUUGAACGGCUCUGCCCUGAACCACUACACUCUGCUGUUUUAUCGGGCAUUAUUGAGCCAUUCUGUCAGGCUAUCACGCCAGCAUUCCUCCUUUCGCUAUAAUCUCCAAUCAGCGCCAAUUACGCCGACCCCUUUUCCAAAAUGUCAGCAUCAAGGUCAUUAUCGGCCGGCAGCGAUGCGUCUGGCCCCUAUUCGCCAGCUGGAGACCAGGGCAAUGCAUUGCCUCAGUUGGAUUCUCUCAUUUCCCACCUGGUGGCAGCAAAACGGUCCCUGUCAUCCAUCAAUCACGUGUGGCGUGCCAAUGAAAUCGUAACUUCCGCUCGCUCUGCACUGGAAGAGAGUGUCGUGAUUUCCGCACGGACUGGCUUUCUCCGACGCGGGCUUAACAAUCAACUGCGGCUUCUAUACAGUGUCCGCUCUGAAGUCGAAGAAGUCUCCCUCCGGGGCCGGUCGGAGUUCGCUAGUGUCUUGAAAAGCCUGGACACGGCUGAUGCCCGAUUGAGAAAGACGCUCGACUCCUUACGGGAUACAAUUGUUCACUCUUCAUUUCGUCCUGACGGCGAAGAACCCAGAAGCUUACAUGACUUUGUGGAUGAACGUGGGGUUGAGGAGCUUCGUGCGGCUUUGAAGAGCUCAAUUGAUCGCACCAAUGAGGCGCAGGCGGAACUGGAUACUUCCAACUCCGCAUUCGAUGAUGAACUCCAAUCCAUCAAGCAAGCUCUGGGUAAUUACCGAGAAGCUACCAAGUUAGCUUCCUCGUCCUCGUCAUCGUCAUCCGCGUCUAAUUCGAGCCUGCCGUCAUUGUCAUCAAUGCCACCCAUGUUACAAUCAUUAGAGAUGCAUGCACAGGAAAUGGCCAAUCUGCUAGAGUCCUUAGUUCAGCAUUUCGAUCUUUGUGUAACUGCUGUAAAACAUACGGAAGGCGGCGGAGCUGCCGCGCGAUCCAUUACCGGGGAUAUGCCCGCUGCCGUCACCGUCAGUGGCCGUGGAGUACCGAAUAUCGAGCAAGGCAUUCAUGACAAUUUGAACGCCCCACUUGAUCCCCUAAGCGAGUCUGACUACCAGGAGAUGGUGAAUGUCUUGAUCAAGGAUGCAGCAGAGGCCGAAGACGUGGUCAUGGAAAUUCAAGAUCGCAUUGGCGACAUGGAAUCAAUACUUGAGAACGUCUUGUCUCAACGUGACGUUCUUCUCUCCAUCUACAGUGCUACUACUGGCGUCUUCCGACACUUGUCGUCUCUUGCAACUGCCCGCCUACCGGGUUAUAUUGCUCAGGCACACAGCUUCACCCGUGUAUGGGGCGAAGAGCAUGAUCGUAUCAACGGUGGGCUAGCAGACCUGUCCGACCUCAACACCCUUUACGACGGGUUUUUAGAAGCCUAUGAUGGCUUGAUUCUGGAAGUGGCACGCCGACGGCAUGUACGACAGCGUGUGGAAAAGGUUCUUCGAGAAACGAAACACAAAUUGGAUCAGCUGUACGAAGAGGAUGUUAAUGCUCGCGAAACGUUCCGAGUCGAGCAAGGGGACUAUUUGCCAUCCGACAUUUGGCCUGGUAUCGGCCGCGAGCCGAUGCGAAUAGAAUUCCGACGCAUAUCCGGGGGUAACCUCAAGGGAGUCUCUCCCGAACAGCCGGAUGCACAAGACCAGCCAGCUGCUGAACCCAAUGAGCCCCAGCCAGCGCCCUCUGAAAGCACAGAGGAGGGAGAAGUUAUUCCACAUCUCCCCAAAACCCUGGUUGAAGAGGCUCUCCAUCGCCUCAAGGCGAGGAAUAGACAAGCCAUGUAGUCUUUUGUGGUAUCUCAGAGAGCUCGUCAAUCCCAUGAUUGCCACUUGGGAUUGUCAAAGGGUUAUUUCUUGGCAGUUAUGAAACAUAGUAGACGACCUAGAUGAUGAACACACAUUCAGGCUUUGUCCUAUCCGAUACCGGCCAUGCCUC